AUGAUACAUCAAGAUCUUACAAGUUUUGGAUUUACACGACCGAAUUUGGAGUUACACUGGUUGCAUUUCAUCAAUUCAUCAUAUGUGUUUUUUGGAACUUUACGACUUCAAGUAGUAAAACCCACUAUUGUACACAUUAAUCAUGUUGCUAUCCAUGUUCAGGAUAUGUAUGAUGAGCAAAAUCUUUCUAUACAAAUAGCUUCCAAGCAUAUUUGUAAGACAUUAUUCUGUCAUAGUGGUAAAGUGAAAGCAAUAGCUAUUUUGGUUAGUCGAUAUUGUGCUGGCAGAAUACGAGGCACUUUUAAGCCUCCAACAGAGGAGAAAGAAGCAGUUGAAGAUUCAGUUCCUUAUUUUGAUCCUGAAAGUCCGCGCAUUUGCGAAAGGUACAUAUUGGUUGAUGCAGCAGUUUGUAAUGAUGAGGAUACAAUCAUGGUAAAAGAAAUUUUUGGUUCACUAGGGGAAAAAAGGUCAUUACUCAAAGCUCAAAAUGUUGCGCCAGGAGUGGCCACCAGUUCAUCAAAUGGAAACUUUUUGGGAAACAUGCCUGAAAAUGAUUUCUCGAUUCUAAUUCGAGAUAUUGGUUUAUUUUCAAGCGAUGAUGAGGAUUUACCAUCACAUACUUUUAAUCAUGAUCGCAAUAUCUGCUCGAGAAAUAUUCAUUCAACUUCGCAGUCACCGGAGUUUCUUUACAGAGCACCGCAUCUAAAUAUCGGUGAUAGGCAACCGUUAUCAAAUAUUCAUCAUCAAGAAAUCGUGGAUCUACCAGAUCGAGAAUGUUGCUCUGUUCAGCGGGUGGUGGGUAUUGCUGACCACCGUUUUCCGACAAAUUUUGCGCAGCAGCAUGCAAAAACUAUGAGUGUUGUGCGUGUCGUACAGUUACCUUCAAAUUCUCAAAGCUCAGUGGUUUCGUAUUCUAAUACGAAUGGGGCUGCUAGUCAUGAUCGUGUCUUGGUACGGCCAACAACUUCGAUGCAAAGUACAUGUUUCACGAACCAAUCAAAAAUUGGUGACGUAUCAUUUUUGACUCAAGCGGAUAUGCAAUCAAGAAAUUCUAAUCAGUCGUUCAUUCUUAUUAAUCGAGUUCCAGUCGCUAAUAUGGCCUCUCCCUCACGUUGCAGAGUGUUAUGUGCGGAGCAGACUGUUCAGGACUGUGAAAAUGUUAUUCAUAUUAUUGAUGAUGACGACGAUGAUAGUCAGGCGAAAUUAGCAAAGAAGCCUAAAAUGGAUUUAUUGUUAAAUUAUCCACGUGAUCAUCCAAAUGCUAUAUCAAUUCAUUAUGCUGAUGUGAAAUAUCUGAAGCCGAAUGAAAUGCUAAAUGAUACCAUUAUAGAAUUUUACCUAAAGUAUAUUCUAAUGGAAUUAGUACCACCAGAACGGCGCUCAUCGAUUUUCAUAUUCAGUCCUUUCUUCUAUUCUCGACUAACUCAAAUAUCAUCUGCGAUUUCAACUGUUGCUCGUUCUGCGGCUGCUCGUGAAAAAUGGAUUGCUGGAAAUUAUAAAAGAGUUCGAACAUGGACAAAGAAUGUGGAUAUUUUUGGUGUUGAUUACAUUGUUGUUCCCAUCAUUGAGGAUAGUCAUUGGUACUUAGCCAUAAUUACAUUUCCUCGACAUGCUAUUGUUAAUAGUCUCUCAGAAAAAGCAGCUUCUUGCUCAAAAGAGGAUAACAAACAGGCAAAGCUACAGAGAGGAUCUAUUAUUGUACUGGAUUCAUUGACUGGAAAAUGCGAUGGAAAGAGGCAUGAAUUGUCCUUAAUUUUUAAAAUGACUUGCAGGAGGCUAACAGUUCCUGUACUGAAAGAAUAUUUAGUUUGUGAAUUUAACGAUAAAAGAAAAGCAAAGCACGGUGAAACAACACGUUUUAUGAAGGAAAAAAUGGAAAAAAUUGUACCUGCACCUGUCCCACAACAGAAGAAUUGUACAGAUUGUGGUCUAUUUUUGUUGAAAUUUGCCGAAUGUUUUCUGCUAAGACCACCAAAAUUCAUAGCUCAAAAGGACUCUUUCCAACGAUGGUAUCCACACUUUACGAUUAAAGGAAUGAGGGAAAAUAUUCUCAUGAAAUUAAAAUUGGCCUGCGGUGAAGAGGCGUGGCAGGCGUUCGAAGACUUUUCCGCAGCGCAGUAUCCGAACACCUAUUUACAUGCUGCAGAUCCUAGAGAGGAGUUUUCUAGCAGUCCCUCACCAUCGUCAGGACAUCAUCAUAUACGAUCAUUAAGUGUAGGAGAUCGUGAAACUGAUAUGCAUGAGACUGUGGAGCGUAGAAGAUCGACUCCCCCAGAGUUUUUAUGUUGA